GCUUCAGCCCGAUGGCGAUGACUAUGACUGUUCUUUCUUCUCAGGAAAACCUCACCAGGGGUGGGCGGCGCCAGAGAGGUGUGCUGCCGUGAAGUGCAGAGUGUGCAGGGCAGUGGUCUGUUCAACCGUCGAAAAGGAGAGGAUACUGCCCUGGACUGAACAGGUCAUUCAACCGCCAUCGUUUAAGGUGGAAGCCUGGUUUUGGAAGGAGCGAAUCGGAAGACGAAAGGAAAGCGAAGGGCCGGCUGAACCGAGACGAGAGACAGAGAACAUCAAGUAAGUUAGGAGGGACUAUAUAGACUGACUGGGAAGGAAGGAAGGAAGGAAGGAAGGAAGAGUUUGUGAGAGGGAGCUUUAACUGAGCUGAGUUAAGGGGAAAGGGGACGGGGAAUCAUGAACCUAUUCAGACUAGCAGGGGACAUGACCCACCUCCUCAGCAUAGUCGUCCUCCUCCUCAAGAUCCGCACCACCAAGUCCUGCACCGGAAUCUCUCUUAAAACUCAGGAGCUGUAUGUCAUCGUGUUCCUCACGCGGUACCUUGAUUUGUUUACAAGGUAUCUCUCUUUUUACAACUCCGCAAUGAAGGUGUUCUUUCUUGGAACUUCAAUGGCUAUUGUAUGGUACAUGAGGUACCAUAAAGUGGUGAAGCAAACUUAUAACAAGGACGAAGAUACCUUUAGACAUUACUUUCUGGUGCUUGCUUCCUUUGUGCUGGCGAUCUUAAUUCCCCGUGCUUUUACCAUGACAGAGAUCCUGUGGACAGCAUCAAUAUAUCUUGAAGCUGUAGCAAUCUUGCCACAGCUGGUGUUACUUCAAAGGUCAAGCAACAUUGACAACUUGACAGGGACCUAUGUCUUUCUGCUAGGUGCCUACCGAGCUUUAUAUCUCGUCAACUGGAUCUAUCGCUUCUUCACGGAACUUCACAAAGUUCGCUGGAUACCCUGGGUUUCUGGACUACUUCAAACUGCUCUCUAUGCUGACUUUUUCUACUAUUACAUUAAGAGCUGGAAGAAUCACGAGAAGCUGAAGCUUCCUGCAUGAAGUUUUUGCAGUGUGAGUAGAUGGGGGGAUAUGGCGAGCAUGGGACACUAGUUUGAUUUGGUGCAAAAUGGUACAUAAUCUACAGGUGGAACUAAAAACAGCUUUUGUGCUGCCCCUGUUAGUAGGUACCGUAGAUUGAAGCCCUUUGUAAUUUGUAGGAGUUACUUUGGAAGAAUUGUGGGUACAGCGUUGUGUUUAGUUCUUGGCCUGUUUUCUAUGGAGGCAGUACGGUUAAGGUGCCUCCUCCCCGCCCUUUUUGACCGCAAGAUGCAAAUUGUUCAUCUCCCUCUUUUUUCAUUA